AUGGAUACUCACGAUGAGUGUUUGAGUUACACUAGCCUGAGGGAUGUGCUUCCGGCGUCGUCGCUGUCAACGACUCGGAUGGACAGCUGGCGGGAGAUAUCAAUCAAGGAUCCGCUGGUGCAGCAUGCAGCGUGGGCAUACCUACAGCCGAUGAUGACGGCGUGUGAGCAGGUUGAACGCGGGUCUUUUCUCCGGAGGAUAAAGAACAAGUGCUGUGGACUGUUCGAGUGCUUCAACGACGUCGUGUUGAUAUCCGUGAAGAGUUUGUUUUCUUCUCAGCAAGGGAGUCAAGAAGAGGAUGAAUAUAAACUUGAAUGA